AGGAAUCCGUACAGAAGUCAUGUCCCAAGUCAUGUCUCAAGGAUUUCGUUGGUCUGAGGUCGUCGAGAUGGAAGCGGCCACAAGGCACAUGGAGGUUUUCCAAGGAAUGCACGAGGUCUGGGAUAUCCCGACCUGGGCUUUUCCAAUGGCUGAGAUUGAGCGUUUGGAAGCGCGAAGGAGGCGCAUCUCGAAAGGUACCACAGGAAGUUCAGAUAGUAACCGUUGGAGCUGGACGGAGACGUCGUGGGAAGCCAUGGACGUCUUCUCAACUGCUUCCACGCGGCAUCCCUCAAAGGGCAGCGGGUUCCAGCCGUUGUGCGGCGUGAAGCAGGCAUCUGGUCCCCUGGGGAAAUGGACCAGCGCGUUGACCAAGUUAGGUCCGCUGACAGAGAAGGCGGAAGGCAUGCUUAGGCGUCUUGAACAAAAAGACUCCGCGCAGAGAUGUGGAAGCGUCGCGACGGAUACUCCGUGGCGCGAGCAGAUUGACGACAUGCUGCAGAGGUCGGAAUCUCUUCUGGUCCGACUGCAUGAAAGCACCAAAAUGCUCCCCCAGCCUCGAAGAGGCCCUGGACUGAUUGGAUUCUGACUUGGACACCGCCCGAAAGUCGUCGAAAGCCGCGGGAAAAUUCAAAAAA